AUGCGCAGCCCCGGCUCAUUUUUUGGCCGUAGGUGCCUUCCUGAGCUGUCUUUUAUAUCACUGGCAUUCAUGGCCCUACUCCGCCCUGUACUACCAGGGCUGUUGUCUCUGCACGUUGCGUGGUCCUAUGGUGUGUUUGCUGAUGCUGCUGCGGCAGCUGCACACGACGACGGAACAUGCGUGCUCGGGCAGGAUGGACGCUGCGUAGAACAUGAGACUAGUUUUGUGCAGGUCCAUCAUGAUCAUCUCAAGGGUCGUUGCGCUGCUGGUGAGAUUUUCAACGUCGUAGCGAAGCAAAUCAGGUCUGCAGACGGUCAGGCCCCACCCGAAGACAGCAUCAUUGCUGCGUUUCGCAAUGGCUGUGAUCCCACAACUGCGACGUACUCCAAGGACUGUCCGACAAUAAAGGAAUCGCAUGCGAAGGCCUAUAUCCGCACGCUCGAUAGACUGAACCGGGGAGUUCGCAAAUUUGGUACUGUGGCAAUGUCCUACGAUGACUUUGCCACGAUUGCACUUUUUCAGUGCAUGUGGCACAAUCGUCACAAUCCCGGCGACAACUUUGGAGACGAGCCUUUUGACACAUGCACUGAGGAAGAGCUGUGUGGCAUGGUAACGACGAAGGAGGAUUAUGAGAAGCACCUUUCCCCAGUUUCUCUGGAAGCAAUGCGCAAGCACCCGAGACACCUAGAGCAUCGCAAGACGGAAAAUGGCUGGCCAGGCACAGGGAAAGUUUACCAGAUGGUCCGGGUAUCCUUGCUGCACAAAUCUGACGGGACCUCGUCGGCUCCCGAAACGAUCCUGGGGCAGAGUGGCUUGAGGCUUUCUGUGAUCAAUGGCGGAUGGGCAAAGGAGUCUAACCUUUUCCUGGAGCCCAAGUACUCAGAGGGCUUUCAGAUUGCUUGGGGACAGAUCCGCGAUGGCAUGCUGCCCAAGGAGGCAAUUGGCGGGCCGCCGCUGCACCUUGAGUCCGGCCUUGCUGUGGCCGAGCCCGGGCAGGUGAUCCGAAACUUUUCGGAUACUCGGGUCGCUGCGAAGAUGCCACCAGCAGCCGGAAGCCCCAUCACUCUCGUUGUGAUCGGCGACCCCUGCAACGGCAACAUGCUGGGUGGUGGCCAGUGCAUCUUCCGUGACUACUACGGGGUGAACAAGACGCUGCCCGUUCUGCUGAAUGCUGCCUUGCCUAGCAGCGAUAUCUGGUACCUGACAGGUGACAACUUUUAUGACCGCUAUGGCGUAUUCAGUGUCAGUAUCUUUGCGCAACUUGAGCCGGCCGCACAAGGCGUUCCCCUGCUUACGACGCCCGGGAAUCACGACUAUUGGUUCGAUGGGACCCCUGGCUUGGCCUUCAACGAUGGCUUCUUCGGCUACGAUCAGUUUGCUAAUGGAGCUGCGCAGUUCUAUGCCAUGGACUCGGCGGCCGCCUGGGCGCCGGCCGCUCCGGAGGAGAAGCUGAUCUCCCCGAAGGGGACAUCGCCCUCCAGGUUUUCGGAGGCACCGGCUUUCCUGGACCUUUCGAAGGCUCCGAAGGAGAGUGCGAAUAUGGCGAACUUCCAGCACUACAGCAUCGCGGGCAAUGUGGGCUUCAUUGUCAUCACUUGCAUCGGAGGAGAUCCCCGGCCAUUUGUGUCGGAGGCAUGCACCUUCAUGAAGGAGAAGAAUCCUGACUUGGUCCUGUUCUUCGGCCACUGGAACAAGCCAGGUUCUGGCUGCAACACUGGCUGGGAUGUGCCAAAUGUCACGUACUGGGCCCUUGAACACUCGGACUGCGCUGCGUUCCGUGGUCAGACAGGCCAGGCCCCAUAUGGUCCAGCGGGAACAGCAGCGACACGCCUGAAGUUCGUUGUGGGCCAUCAGCACUGCAACUGCAUGACCAGCUUCAAGAAAACCUUGGAAGAUAGUUGUGUGGAUGACACUGCCGAUCCUUCUGAAGUUGAUGGCUUCAUCAUUGGCUCCCACGGCAUGAGCUGGGAUCCGCAAAGCGCGCCCAAAUGCAGCGCGCGCUUCGGGCUGCCGGUGCUGCGCACGGAUGGGGGGGCUUUGACCGUUGCCUACGCCAAGCUGUCCUUGGAGACCACGCUGACGCACUGCUCGUGGUAUGCAAUGUGGUGCCAUUCAAACCCUGGCGAGGUGUCACGGACGGAUUUAUGGCUGUCCUUUGCGGGAUCCACUCCAUCUGCCUGGGCGCCGACGGCCACGGGGCCAUAUGGAAAGGGCAUCAUCGUGGAAAAGAUGGACACACUCCUUGCCUGUUUGAAAGAGAAAGGUACACAAGAAUGCUCCAAGGACAGCAGCCUUUUCGACCAAUGGCUGGAUGACACGAGCCAAUCUGCUCUGGCUUGUCUCAUGCUGCAGGAGUGUCAGGAGGAGUGCUGGAAGGCACUUUGCGCGCAAAUGGAGCAAAAGUUGGGGUGCUCCAUCCGCCAUGUAGUGUCUACCACUUCCUCCAGCUACCCAGACCUCAUGGAUGAGGAGGAGGAGGAAGUCGUCAGGAGGCUGGACUCCGAAGCACUGCGAGAAGGUCUGAGAGAGGUCUUGAGCUCAAUGCAGCGCGAUCUGCCGAGCUCACGUCCGACGUUGCUCGACAGGAGGAUGGUCACAUCCAGGAAGAGCUCGGCGAAUUCCUUGAUGAGCCUAUGA